AUGUCGUUCAACACUGCAAGCUCGAAACGAGCAGCAGAGGACUUCUACGGACAGCCCACCAAAAAGCCACGCUUCGACGUCCGCAAUCCCUCCGCUCUGGCUCCGGAUGCGCCUGAUGACGAUGAUGAUAUCCUUGAGGCAGACGUAAUCGGCACCAGAGGGCAACAAGUGCGUCGCGGAGCAGUUAACAUAGACGGGUACGAUUCCGAUUCAGACAACGAUAAUUUCGACGCCCGGGCAGAUGCGAAGGCGAAAGAGAAGAACGCGAAAUCACCACAGGAAGACACAAAUGAUAUGUUUGCCGACUUGGAGGAGGAUUUCAAGGAUGGGGACGACUCCGAAGGUGAUGCAGCGCGGCGGGGAGGCAAGAAGAAGGCUGUGCGCUUUCUGGACGAAGACGAGAUUGAGGGCCAGGUCAAAUCAUCCAAGAGUGGCGGUCAUGUCUCAGCAGAUUUUAGCCUUGCCGCAAGCGGAAAGGGGAAGGCGAGGGCCGAAGUCGAAGACGAAGAGGUAGAAAGCAGUAGUGAGAGCGAAGUCGGCGAUGAAGUACGAGCAAGCAUAGGAGACCUCGACCCCGAGCUGGGAGCCGGUGCCAAAAAGACACACACCCCGAAAUUAGAUGCUUUCAAUAUGCGGGCUGAACAAGAAGAGGGGCGUUUUGACGAUCAAGGCAACUACGUUCGUAAGGCAGCGGAUCCUGACGCGAAACAUGAUAUCUGGUUGGAAGGGGUCUCCAAGAAGACAAUGCGCAAAGCCAAAGAAGCCGCCGACAAGCGUGAGGAGGAGCGAAGGAAACGAGCUCUCGAAGAUGAUGCGAAAUCGACGGCACAGGUCCUGGCCGAAUUGAUACCUCACCUGGACCGAGGUGAGACGAUUCUCGAAGCCCUUGCUCGUCUCGGCAAGGGCAAAGACAAGAAGCGCAAAUGGCAAACGAAGGCCAAAGGCCUCUCGAAGAAGCAGCAUGUGGCAGUGUCUGAGCAUGCCCAGGAGGAAGAAAAUGACGCAGCCGAGAACUUGCGGAAAGAAAAGAUUGAGUCAAUUACAGGAGCGGCUGAUAUUUUGUUGACAAGGGGCCAACCUGAGAUCUACGACGCCGAGAAGGAAUCGCUCAUGCGGCAGUAUCAGAAGGAAACCGGUGAAGAAUGGAUUGACCCGCCAAAGCCUAACGAAGACGAACCCCAUGAAGAUAACUCUGCGGAACAGAUGUGGGAAUACAGGUGGACCGAUGCCAGAGACGGUGGAGGCGUCAAUGGGCCGUAUAGCGGCGACACCAUGAAGCAGUGGAAUGAUGCCGGCUAUUUUGGUGAGGGAGUUGAGUUCCGUAGAAAAGACGGCGGUGACUGGACCAGGGUGGCCGAGUUCGCCUGA